GCCUGGGUGAGUUCGUAACCACGAGAAAUUCCACGAAUACUUCGGAAACAGCGUAAAGAGGACUGAGGGAUCAGUAGUAGAAUGCCGUCAAAAUAACUUCGACAAAUAGGUGGAUUGUCACCAGGCGGAAAGUUUGCUAUCGAAUAAGAACUCCCAGCUUAAGAAUCAUGUGACCUUGUGACUAUAAACCACAACCACCUGAUGAGAACUCGUUGUGAUGCGCCACCGCGAGUUUCAUUUACAACUACGGCUGGGUAUCAUGUGAAAGAUUUAAAUUUGUAUAGUAAUACUUUUAGAAUUACUGGUGUACACACCAUAUAGUUAAUUUUAUGUCAGUUUGCUCACAAGAAGCGUUAACAAAGUAGGCUUAUUUUGAGAAGUAUCUCGGCAGCAGUUCGAUUGAGAACCAUUCUGUAGUCUGUGGGGGACGCUGCGCUGCAUGUUAGACCGAUCACGAACCAAACAGACACCAUAGUGCGUGGCGAAAGUGGAGCGCAUAGAAGACAUAAAGAAGUAGAAAGAAGUAAGUUGCCAUCGAAUUUCAUGACCAAAAGAAUUUCUCCCAAGCAAUUGAUCAAGUAUUGGCUUUUGCCUCUGCUACCGUGGCCCUUGGGAUAAAUGGAAAGUAUGGUUGUGCUGGAAGCGACUGGCAAUGGAUGAUUUCCCGUGACCUUUUUGAGAUUUAUUGAUCUUGAUGGCUGGUUUUCCUGUAUUGUAUACCAUUGCAGCUCUUCUGAUUGCGGUGCGACCGUGCUAUUUUUUUCAAAGCCACAAUCGUAUAGUUAAUUGUUAUGAAGAAGUUUGCCAUAAACAUAGUGGUCACUGCUCGCAGCUCAAAAGGAUUUGCAACAAUUGCGAAGACAAUACACAUGGGUCUCAUUGUGAACUAUGUCUUGAUGGCUUCUACGGGAACGCCACCAUAGACAAAUAUGGGUGCAAGAGAUGCCCCUGUCCACUCACUCACUCAAAUGGAUUGUGUAAGAAUGACAACAAGACGAACUCGAUCGAAUGUCUUAAAUGUAAACAAGGUUACCAUGGUAAAUUGUGUACGGAUUGUGACAAGGGCUAUUACAAGAGUGAAUCUGAUGGACUUUGUCAGCCUUGUUUUUGCAACGGCUACGGUAACGAAAGUAUUGUUCAAAAAUGUCACCCAAUAGGAGGACGUUGCUUCUUUUGCUCAAAUAAACGUGCAGGCAAGCAUUGUGAAUCGUGCAUUGAUGGGUACUAUCUGAAAGUCAUAAAUAGAACAGAGCAGUGUGUUGCGUGUAACUGCAGUGGUAAUUCGUCCCCAGGAACGUGGCCAAUGUGUGAUCUUCGACACGGUAUCUGCUUACAAUGUCCAUUCAACACAACAGGAAGAAAUUGCGAGAACUGCGCCAAAGGGUACGAGGGAGAUGCUUUGAAAGCAAAGAACUGCACAAAGAUUCAGCAUCCAGAUUUCGGCAGCAGACCCUCUACUUCAAGGUACAUAAUUGUGGCCUUGGUUACAGUAUUGUCAAUCAUCAUUGUCGUAUUUGUGGCUGUGACACUCGUUGUUUGGUUCAGACGAAAAAGAUCCCGUGAUCCUUUAGGAUUUGUCACGAUUAAUAUGAGCCACACUGACGAGGAAGAUUAUAAUAUCGCGUGGAUUGACCCAGUGACCGGGGACCCUAUUCGCCAUAACGCAGUUGAUAUACAAAUGCCACUCGCAAAUGGAAAUAUGGAACUGCAUGGACCUAGUGAUGAUUAUGAUGAUGAUGAUGACCUUGGUGACAUCCACGAACCAGAGAGCAGAGAUACUGAUCGAAUGUUGUAAUCUAGCCAAAAGAUUUUUAAGGAAAUGUGAAAUAUUGUGAGUGGGUGCGUCUUUAUUAUAAAGUUAUCGUAAAAUUACUUAUCAAGAGAAUUUACGAUUAUCGUUUAGACACAGUGGCAGUGCAAGCCUCCAUGAAAUGGCAAGGCUAGCAAAGAUAAAUUACCGUGCCUUUUUAUACGACAGAAGUGUCUCUUUUGCAUCAUAUCAAUGUUGCAAAGGAAACAAUAAUGAAAUAUAUAAAAUAAAACAAUAGAAAUGUGCCUAUCUCUAACCAACUAUUUUUCAUCAUCUUUAAAGAUCAAAUUGGACGAAAUUUGCCAUAAGUGGGAUGAUAGAAGUAUAAAAAAACUUCUUUAAAAUAGAAUUCUGCAUGGGCCUAGUUUUAUUUCAAUCUCUUGAAAUCACAAUUUACGGUUUCGAUUUUAAAAUUCAUACGCAGUUCCACGCAUUCAUUCGCACAGCUAUUUAUUUUUUGCUAAUAUGUUUAUUCCUGGAAGCAUUUUUGUUUGCCUGCUUGCGAAACGUCAAGUGAAUGAACGUACGUUGAUGAAACAAGAAAAUAAACGCCGUCACACAUAUGACAUUGAUCUACUCAUCAUUCCUAGGCAGUAUCGUCUUCGUGAGCAUGACACUGUGCUUUCUAUUGUGCGUAAAUAUUCCUUUCAGUAGAUUUGGGUAACGUUUGCAUAUCAUUAAACCUUGCUUCAGGUUAACCCUUGGUCAAAAGAUUUCAGGAAGUUCUGAAAAACUGCAAUAUAGUUUGAUAGUUUUUAUAUCAACUAGUGUCUUUUAAUUUAUGUGUAAAGACGGUACCGCAUUGUGUCCAUGUUAUCCUUGUUUUAUGCUCAACUAAAUUUUGACUCUCUGGUAAAAUAUUUGCUUAUGCGACAGAUCCUUGCGUUUUGUCGAAUUUUAAAUAAUUAGGCUUACGUUAUUCAUUCUAAUUAUUAACUUUUGUUCUUAUUUAUAUUUAUUCUUAACAUUGCCGAUGCACCCAAGUGUUAGAAAACUAACACGUUAGUAAAUAUUGAUUUUAUUCUUCGUAAAACGUGUAUUUAUCACAUCUUUAACAAAUAUUGUAUGUUACUGUUGUUAUCGUAAAAUUUAUUAGAAUUAGGAAUGAUGUGGUUUAUAUUCUAGUCUAUAGUUAUUUGCAAAGUUCAGUUUCAUUUAUUUUGAAAAGUUACCGGUUUUUUGAUUACCUGGUUUUGUUCUUCUUCUUAUAAUGAAAAGAUAAGAUAUUAACAGUUCGAUUUAA